AUGCGUAUCGCACACCUUCUCCCAUUUCUGGCCGCCUCACCAGCCGUCCUCGGCGGACCGGUGCCUGAGUCCGACAACACACAAGUCCUUGACUCCAGUGACACCACCGCCGCCACAUACUUCGACGGCGGCUCGUCCGAUCCCAUUCACCACAUGCAGCAAAAGUCGUCGAGCGACAGUCUCCCGCCCUGGCCACCCUGGGGCCAUAUUCCCUACAAGGGCAAAAAAGAUCUCAAGAUGUUACGAUAUGCAGGGCCCGACUGUCGCCCGGACGAUCUCAUUUCUUGGUACGCCCAGCACUUCGACGCAGACGACGCGAAGGAUUUGCAUGGCAAGGGGAAAGAGAUUCUGUCGGUGAAGUACGCACUGCCCAACAACGCCAAGAUGCAAUUCGUGGAUGUGACAUUCUGGGAUGGGCACCAUGAGAAGCAUCAUGGAUGUACAGGCAAUAUCGUGUACAAGCUUGAUGGUGCUAGGGGCGAGACGGCGGAUGGAGAUCAGUAUGCGUGCCACAACAUUGCGGGGGCGAAGUGUUUGUCGUUGAGUCCGGCGUGGAAGAGUCCGUCGCGUCGCGGUACAUGGUGGAAAAGUGGAAGCGAUGCUUGGCUGCGAAUAUCUAGAGGUCGUCUGCGAGCUCGGUUAGAAUGA